UUUUCACACUGGCUGAGUGUUACUCUAGCGAACUGUAGUGACAUGGUUUCUUGCCGCCGACAGUUUUGGAAGACUAUGGUCCUCCUCAUUGCAGGACUGGUGAUAGAAGUGUGUGCUCGGAGAGGAGAAAGAGCACGUUAUCGUACAGCGUAUGCUUGCGAAGGAAAUAAUUUGAAGAUCUCCUGUGAGAAUGAGCAGUUAAUCAAGGUACUACGUGCUAAUUACGGUCGUUUCAGCAUUAGCAUCUGCAACGAUCAGGGGAUUUUAGACUGGAGUGUGAAAUGUGCAGCGGAGAAGUCGUACUUUGUGAUUCAUGAGAGAUGUAAUCUCGUUCCCAGCUGUAUAGUCAACGUCACAAGUCACACGUUCGGUGAACCCUGCCCGGGAACUUAUAAAUAUUUAGAAGUGCAAUACCAGUGUAUGCUAGAAUUUACUCCCUCGUCAUCUACAACAUUAUCAACGACAUCUUCCACAUCCACCAGACCACCAAUAAUAAUACCUUCAACAAGACCUAAAACAACAACAACAACAUCUACGACGACAACGACGACAACCCCAUCGACAACUACAAGCACAACAACAACAACAACGACGACGACGACGACAAAACGUCCUACUACUACAACAACUUUAUCCACAGUUGCCACAUCUUUUUUCAAACCUUCAUCUUCAAGCUCAGAUAGUUCUUUCGAAUAUGAGAAAACAUUUACUAGAUUUCAACCAGAGACGAUAACCCUAUAUCAAAGUCCAUCACCGCCGCCAGCAGUAUAUAAUGGUGCACAGUAUUGUCCACCGGUCAUCUUGAGGCGCAUUCAUUGGAACUGGACAAGGGAAGGACAAAUAGCUAUAGAAAAAUGUCCCGAUGGUUCAAUGGGUUACGCAAGAUGGCAGUGCGGAACCAGUCCUGUUAGGUGGUUACCGGAUUCUCCAGAUUUGAGCGAAUGUCAGUCUGUUUGGGUGGACAACCUACAUAGCAGGAUUGAAGGGGAAGAAUCUAUCGUUGGUAUAGCAACAGAAUUAGCAGUAAUAACAAAAACAAAGCCUCUUUAUGGCGGGGAUAUCCGACAGGUGUCGGGAAUCGUUCAGAGGUUGGUUGCCAAGAUGGCGGCUACUGUUAAGGACGUGACAGACUCCCAACAACGCUAUCAGGGCUCUCCCACCAACCAACAGAGACUGCAGAUUACACAAGAGAUGUUGGAGCUAAUGUCGGAAGUGAGCAGUAACCUACUGGAACGCUACCACAGUGACUCCUGGCGAGACUUACCUGAACCUGAACAGAGAUCUACCGCGUCUGCACUGGUACAAGGACUGGAGGAAAGUAGCUGGCUAUUAGCUGAAUCUCUACCUAGCAACAGCCACUUUCAUAAGAUUCAAAAUAACUUAUUGGUUUCUGUUCGGCGAGUCCAGACGUGGUCAGUGUCAGAGGUUCGAUUCCCUUCUCCUGAGGAUGUAGAGGCGUCCGAAUGGACAAGAAUGGAUGAAUCUGUCAUUGUACCUACACAAGCAUUACUUGGCAGUGCGAUAAACGGAGUUGUGGACAUGGUAUUUCUAGCUUAUAAUAAGUUAGAAAACUUCUUGACAGCAGCUGAUCGUGGGAUAUUUGGACGACCCCUUUCUGCAGGUAAACACAGCAAUAACUCGCACAUCAUCAAUUCGCGAGUCCUAGCAGCGUCAAUUCGGCGCCACGGCAUGGCCAGUCUUCACCAACCUGCAAAAAUCGUCUUUCGACAUAUCCAGGAGGAGAACGUCAGCAAUCCCCGAUGUGUUUUUUGGGAAUUUAACAACAGACUUUGGUCAGGGGAAGGAUGCUGGGUGAGCUCAACCAACAAAACCCACACAGUUUGUUCUUGUAACCACCUCACUAACUUUGCCUUGUUGAUGGAAGUAUCCGCUACCAAGCAAAACAAAAUGACACAAGAAGUUUCUAAAUUGGCUGUUUGGAUUGGUUGUGGUGUAGCUAUGACGCUUCUUUUGAUGACGUUUCUAUUGCUUAUGCUAUUAAGGAAUCUAAAAGGAGAUAUCUUCACGAUACGGAAGAAUUUAUUAUUUUGCCUAUUUGUGGCCGAAACUAUUAUUCUUAUCGGCAUAGCACAGACAGCAAAUAGAAUUAUCUGCGGUGUCGUAGCCGGAUUUCUUCACUACGCUCUUCUUGAAGUUUUUACUUGGUCUCUGCUCGGAAUUUUUCACUUGUUUAUGGUGGUGCUGGGUGUAUUUGAUGUGUCUACCUACCGAGGAAAUUGGUAUUGUGGCUUUGGUUACAGUAUCCCAGCUGCGAUUGUUGGCAUCAGUGCUGCUAUAGACCCAGAAAGUUUCGGCCAGGGUGUUAGCUUUUGUUGGCUGAAAUACAGAAAUUUCUAUGUAAUGAGUUUCGCAGGACCAGCGGGAAUUAGUGUACUGGCCUCGACUAUUCUUUUGAUUUUUAUUUAUCACCGCAUCUCCAGACGGUCGGAUACAUCAGUGGAUGCUAAAAAUAAAGAGGGCGUUAAAAGCAGUUUGCUCAGGUCUUGGAGUGACAGCUCUAUGUGCGUUUUGAUUAUGCUAAGCCUAACGUGGGCCUCGUGUCUCUGGUACCUAUAUGAUGCUUCGACAAUCACAAUGUAUAUAUUUACUGUCAGCAACAGUUUGCAAGGAGUUUUACUGUUCGUUUUUUAUUGCAUUAGGGAGACGCAGGUCCGGAAAACCCUGUGUGAAACACUCCGCUCUAUCCCCUGGCUACAGUCCUGUUUUCCUAGCCUCAAGCCUGCUGCCAGCCCACCGAGUCAGUACGUGUAUACCAACGGCAUGAUGAACUCGUCCCUGCCGUCCGUCUCCGGCCAUGAAAGUGUGGGUAACCUCGUCCUUCCAACUCCCGUUUCUUCUCUUUCCGCAGAUCACCAAUUUACGCCCAGCGAGGAUGUCCCAGUUGAUGACGACAGUGGUGUUAAAGACAUCGAAGAAGCUAACAACGUCCCAACCAGUGAAUCGGACAAUGUAUCCGAAUCUACAGAUCAAGUUGUUUGUCCAGCUUUGCUUUUGACUGCUACACAAUCUCUGGCGAUAAAAACACCCUCAGAUGGAAUGAGAGAUUGGUUACCAGUUUCUUCUUCUCGUUGUUGUGGGGUAUGUGGUUCGUGUAUAAAAAGCCAGUCUUUGCUGUUUUCACCAGAUUUCAAAAGGUGCUUAGGGAACUAUCGCGUAAAUUAUAGUGUGGAACAUAUUUAUGAAACGAUUGACAGUGAUUCUCUUGUUAGUCGCUGUAGUUCGCAGUCGUGUACAUCGGAAGAAAACGACUCGAACCCGUUUCAGUCUCAAAUUUGUGUUAAGGAGAGUUUUUCGUCCAACGACGAAUCUUGCGCCGUUAGUAGCCGAGGAAACGGGGGAAGCGUUCUCGAUCUUGCCGUACAGCAUCUAUCUCAGUUGACAGUUGAUUCUACAGCGAACUUUAGCCAGUGUAAAACGAUCGCUCUAGACAGAAGUAACGUUUUUGGUGUUUUUGCACACACUAGAACUUCACUGAGAACAAAGAACCUUCCUUCUCAACAGCAAUUUGUAGACCUUGGAUGUGUUAGAGAACAGGAUUUUCGAAAGGAAGAUUAUAUUAGUGACUCUGUUGUACCGAGAAGUGAUAAUAUUUGUUGCAAUAAUGCAUCGUCAUAUCCUCUUUUAACUGAAGAUGCAGUAAGAAGGCAGAACCUGGAAACCUCGCCUCAAACUAUUUGUGAACCAAUCCCGAAUGAAAGCAGCUAUUCGUUUCGAAUUUGAUCACGUUCUUUUAUAAUUCUAUCAAGAGCUAGUCAAAUGUUUACUUGGCGACUUGGGUUCCGUGGGAGUGGCAUAGUUGUUGUAAAUAAAUUAUUAACCUAUCUAUUAUCUUAAUGUUAGUCAGCUUUAUGAUGGAAUAUUAAGUAAUAAUAUGAACGUUUACGUAUUUUGGGACAGCAUAUACAAGAACUCACUCAAUAUCCUUCCUUGCCUUGUGAUAUGGUGGAAAUAGAUAGCAAACAAGUAAAUUCAAGUUGUUGUUUUUUAUCAUCGUAAUUUAGAUUCAAUAUUUCUUUAAAAAUCUGAAUUUGAUUAUUCAAGACAUUGGAUUAUUCUGAAAGAACUAAGAAUUAGUGAUUGAUUAUAUAAAAAAAAAAUGUGGAGUAUUAAUACUUUGGGCCCUCAGUGCCUUUCCUUGAUAAGCAAGUUGUGGAAUAUUAAUACUUUGGGCCAUCAGGGCCUUUCCUUGAUAAACAAGUUGUGUGGUAUUAAUACUUUAGGUCCUCAGGGCCUUUCCUUGAUAAGCAAGUUAUGGAGUAUUAAUAUUUUGGGCCCUUGGAACCUAUACCUGAUAAGCAAGUUAUAUAGUAUUAAUACUUCUUGAUAAGCAAGUUGUGAAGUAUUAAUAUUUUAGGCCCCCAGGGCCUUUUCUUGAUAAGCAAAUAUGCUAAGUAUGUAAAGUGCCAUAAGAGCAUUCUGAAUGAAAUGCCAUUUAUGAAAUAUUUGCAGUUUUUCACUGAACUACCAGAAAACGUUCUUAAUUAAACUCUGACCACCGUGUUAUCCACCAGGCACGUUCCAAACCAUGUUAAUCAGUAAAUCAACAUCAAUAAAAUGUUAUUCUUUAAUUCUGAUCGAUAUAAAUACCUCGUUGGUAAAAACAUUAAAAACACGUUGGCCUUUUAUCAAAUCUCAAUGUGACAUAAAAAACAAACAAACAGUAAAGACAAAUUUGGUGAUUCAAAUCAAUCUGUUACAGAUUAUUAUUUAAAUUAAAGCUAAUUUUCAGCUCACAUCAGAAUAAUUUUAUGACAUUUUAUU